CCUUGAGCGAGGUCGCCGUGUAGCUGGCGUGCUCUAUCUCCUUUACCAUCUCUCAGAAAAACAACCUGUGAUCGAGCCCUACCAUCAUCAGCACUCGCAUGUCAGGCCGCAAGCGAAAGUAGUUAGGGCAACGCUCUUGAACUUCCUGAGUGGCUGUGCCGGAGAUGGUGGAAUUUUAUGUACUAUAUUAGAGGGUCUGAAAAACUAUCGGGACAAGGCACGGAGAGCGGCGAUAGCAAAGGGGCUGUUGCAGCAAGAUGGAGAUAAAAAGAAAGAAGAGGCAAUGGUAGAGGAAGGAGACUGGCACAUGCAAGGCGUGCGACAGCAGCUUAGUUGGAGCAGUAGCGCGAGUACUGAGGAGGGAGAGUACAACGAAGAGCAGGAGGAAGAGGACGGCUUGUUGAUGGGCGCCACGAUGACGGGAGACGGUGGGAGUCACCUUUCGUACAAAGAGGAGGUAUCGACCCGCCUGGACUUCAUGCGCUAUGUUUCCGAGAACAGCGAGAAAGAGCAGCAGCUCGAAUAUCAGUCUCAUUUGUGGCCGCUCUGGGAGAUGCUGGUUCUACAACCCCUUUGUCGGGCAGAGAGGACUCUCUUUUUCCGAUGGCUGCUCACGCUCAUGCCGGACGAGUCUCCAUUUACCACAUCCUCGACAUUGCGGUAUGGGGGGCCCUUACCCUCAUCACAGCAACCUCAAUUGCAGCUUUCUUCAUCUUACGUGAGCUCUUGCCUGGAUCCCGCCACCGUGCACGAUCUCUUUCGGGGAUGCUUGACCGAAGGUCGGGCAGGAGAGUAUGGCGUUGCGGGUUAUCAAUGUUUGGAACGCUACUUCCGGCUUGUCAAUGGAACGGAGCAGUGCUUGGCCUUACCUCUAAGCGCCACAGAAUUUUCAGUGACUGAUUACGACGGUUUGGAGGGAUUAGAGGCCAUAUGGCGUGUGUACUGGCGGGCGUCGUGUAAAGUAGUGGUAAAUUCUGCUUGUGUGUUCCUGAUUAAUUUGCAUUCGCGGCUGCAGUCUCGCAAUUCUCAAAUUUUGAAGCGCGCCAGUGUUUGGGCGGAUCUGGUGAGACAUUGCAAAGAGGUAAUAAUGCACGAGUCGACCGACGACCGGGAAGGAGGAGACACAGGAACUGAAAUUGCCCAGACACCGAUAAGGCCAGUCAUGGUCCGUCGGGCGCUAGCCCUACUCCGUCUUUUCCUGGAGGAGCUGCAGACGCCGAGAGUCCGCGAAGCAAGCGCUGCCUCCGCGUUGAACCCCGGUCCAGGUCAAGUCGCGGUCCAGGUUGACGUGCGACAAUUGGAGGAGGGUCUAAACGGGGUUCGUGGUGGUAGGCAUGGGGCGUAUAGCCAGCAGCUGCGGUACUUGUUCCGGGACAUUGUUUCAAUCGGAGCACUGCGGGCGCGAGUCGCAGCCGACAUGAAGCACCGGGUCUCUCAAGUGCGGUUGACAUCGACAGCCAACCAAGUCAUGUAUAGCGACCAGCACGACGACCUUUUGUUGAGCAGUGGGAAGAGUAAUUUGCCGCGGCGAUUUCACGCGGUGCUGCUGCCAAAGCCAAUGGCAGACACGAUUCAUGUGAACCCGAAAACCCGGCCUGGCGUUAGUUUACUGGAGGGGGAAGACGAAUCUGCCCCAUUGUUGGAUCUUUGCCAAGAUCGCGCAUUUUUCGAGAGGGUCUUUGCGCUGGUAGCACCAGAGCCUCGAUUGGUAGAAGAUGCUUGGGCUCUGCUCGAAAUGGUGCCUGACAUCCCUUUUAUAGAGGAGACCAUCCGGUGCCUCGGGGGGGCUUUGCCAGUCGAUCAACCGGACUUGUCAUCAAAGGACACUGUAAAGAUAGAAGUGGAAGGACGUAUUAGCCGGCAUUCGAGCAACAGGGACAGUAGUUGUCGCAACAUUACCACUUGGGACGGCCUUCUCCACGGACGGUCCCCAAUGCGCUUCCUAUACAACCUACGACUUAUAAAAGAUAAAAUUCUGGCCCCCGCAUCUGAUUCUCACGCCUCCACUAGAGAGCAUCACGCGGCUUUGCGUUGGGAGUUGGCGUUUGUGAAAAUGGGGGGGCUGGCCUAUCUGGUCGAGGUGCUGGCCGGUUGGGACAUUGCGUCUCAAAGCAAGAAUCCUUCUCUUGACAAAAGUGCGCUCUCGGCUCUGAUCGAGAGGAUUGGGUCCUUCAUGCCGCCGAUAAGGUAUUUGAAUGGUGUCGGGGAGGUUGGGGUUGCGAGAAGUGGAAGCCUCGCGGGCCGACGGCACCAUCUCUCAUUUUCGUCGUCCUCUUCCUUGUUCCGAGGGGCGCAAGAAGGAGAGGAACAGGGGGGGGUUAUGGAGGGCAAGGGACUGAUAAUAAGGAACGUGGCUCUCGACAUGGAGGAGAAAGACCCAGGUGAGCUUGCCACAGGCAUGGCUGAUGUCAAGCUCGUGUCUGGGUUUUGCGGUAACAGACCGGCGCGGACGAGUUUGGCCCGAGGUCGAGACGAGGAGGCGGAUGUCGAAACCCUGACACGGAUGGAGCAGGAGGGGGAUAAAGAACGCCGGCGUUUGCGAAUACACCUUGCAUCUGCUGCUGUCUUUGCUCGAGUGGACCGAGGAGCGUUGACAAACCGGUUGGUGGAGGUCCUGUACGAAUUGACCAAGUCGGUCCGUGACCGG